AUAGCCAUACAAGUCUACAAGAAAGUACAGAGAGAGAGAGAGAGAGAGAGAGAGAGAGCCUGCAAAUGAAUAGGUAAAGGAGGGAGAAAAGGGAAUAUAUUGUUCACACCACUGUAAGAUUAGUCCUCCUUAAUUGAGGACAUAUGCUGUAGGAGAGAAAAGAAUUAUUGAAGCAAGAGGGGUAUGCAAUCUGAGCUAAAAGGAAUGGAUGAUUCUAAUAUCAGCCACCAAUGGACUAUGAACUCAUUCAACCAAGUUAUUCCCUCACACCAAAUAGUAGCUGCAAGUGGUGAAAGCUCCCAACCAUCUCUCUCUCAAGAGAGCUUUUCCUCUUGCCCGAAUUCCUUCUACACAACAAGAAAUGAUGUUUCAUCUUCAAACUCUAUCUUAACUCACAGUCCAAAUUCAUUAUUUGGCUGGAGUAAUACUUUUGGAAGGCCCAGUACUCAGCCAAAGGAAGAGGUGGAGUUCGUAAUAUCUUAUAACAAUUCGGAACAAAAUUACGAAGCAAUCGGUAGCAAACAAAGAUCGAACAUGGUCAAGUUUGGAGCGGCUUCGCCCCAAGCGCAAGAUCACAUUGUCGCGGAGAGAAAACGGAGAGAGAAGCUCAACCAAAGAUUCAUAGAGCUUUCAGCAGCUAUCCCAGGUCUUAAGAAGAUGGAUAAAGCUUCUAUUCUUGAAGAUGCAGUAAAGUAUGUAAAGGAACUCAGUGAGAAAGUGAAGACACUCGAGGAUCAAAGUCCGAAGACCAUCGAGUCCGUAGUCCUCAGGAAGAAGUCUUGCCGCUCUUGCGAUCAAGAUGGUUCAAGCUCUUAUAAUAAUCAUGACUCCAAAAGGUGCUUAUCGGAGAAGCCCCUCCCGGAGAUCGAUGCGAGGAUUCAUGAGAAGAACAUCCUUGUGAGGAUACAUUGUGAGAACCUCAAAGGAGUGUUGGUGAAAGUGCUUUCUGAGAUAGAGGAGCUCCACCUGAGUGUCACUAAUACUAGUCUCAUGCCCUUCCAGGGUGGCUCUAUCAUAAUAACUGUGAUAGCACAGAUUGAGGAGGAUUUCAACCUAACAGUGGAGGAUCUCGCGAGGAAGCUGAACUCAGCUUUGCAACAGUUCAUGCCAACAAGCUAAUAUAAUUAACGAAGGGAGCUAAGACCUACUACUCUAUAGGAGAAUUAAAGAGAAUGUUCUCCCAUGCAUGUUUGUGUGCUAGGAUUUGCAUUAUUGUUAUUAGGGUUAUAAUUUGAUCACUACCGUUUCCUCUAAACUAUAUGUGUAUUUUAUGUACUUACUUGCACCUUUAUUAAUGCAAACCACCUUUUCCUGAAACAAAGCAUGUAUAUUUAUAUAUAUAGUUCACCACAUUGAACUACUAUAGAUUCCUUUGUUACAAAAGUUUGCUACGCGCUUUGAGUUGUUGAGAUACACACGGAGAAAGAGAAAAGUUUUUA